UUUAGAUUGGCGCACACAUCGUGCCAUCGCAAUAGAUAUGCAUGUAAACUCUUGUUUAUUAUUUUACAAAGAUCUAUUGCUUUGUUGUUUGUUUCCAGAAAACUUCGUCUUUUCGGGAAAGUCUUAUUAUCUCAACGAUAUUUUUACCUACAAUAUUUUAUUCUGUCACGCGUUAUUGCGAGAAAAAAUUGUGCUCUUUAAUUUCUACUACACGUGACGGAAUGUGAAAGAAUUAUACCAAAAUGUGAGGUAGUAUAAUUUCCACGCAUAAUUUUGUUAAGAAAUCAACAUGCAAAUUAAUCAAAGAAUGAAUGUAUGUAUGUUGGUGUACAUUCUCAUUUUAUGUUGUGUAAAGGAAGGAGCUUACAAGAAUUCACUAUCACGUUCAAUAAAAAUUCUGUACUUAUAAGCUGACAUAAAUUUACUGUUGACACAAAGCGAUUAUUGUAUUAUUAUAUUACAAUAGUAUUAUUGCCGUUUUAUUUAAAUCUCAAUUACGUAUACGAUGUUUGCUACGUACAAACGUAAAAAUCAUAUCAUUCAUGUUGUUUUUUUUUUCUUUUUUUUAUUUGCAAAAAACGAGAUGUACAGUGUUAGAAGAUUACUGCCAUUAUCUAGAUAGUAAUUCGACAACAUUGACUCUUCAUUGUGCCAAGUUGUCGAAUGGGACCGCAAUGAAAAGAGAUUUUAUAGUUUCCUUUAUUUCUCAGUGGUAGAUGAAUUAAUUUUUUUUUUAGUUUUGUUAAAACCACGAAGUAAACAUGUUAGCGAGUAAAACUGUUGCAAUAAAAGUUUUAAGGUCGUGAGGUACAAUGUAAGUAAUAUAUUUUUCGUAUUUAGAAAAGAAAAUGUAUAUAAUGUUUAAAAAUUCAUAUUGUGAAUGUAAAUAUAAUUAAUUUAUAACGAACUUAUGGGCAUUUUCUACUGCGUUGAGUCCUACAAGCCAUGAGCUGCGUGUGUUUAAUUGAAGCGCUAAUUGCAGGAUUAAUUAAAAUUACUUCGAUUAAAAGGCUGAACCGUUAAAACAUUUUUCCGAUUGUUGGAUUCGAAACGAGUUUUUGCUACUUUCAUGUUUUAACAGUCACUAGUUUAAAACAUCACUAACGAAAGUAUGUCACGCAAGUCAUGCUGGCGAUGAGCUUGUUAAAUCAAUAUCGGCCUGUUGACGUUUAGACUGCGGUAUUUAUCAGGUUGGACGAUUCAUCGAUGUGUAUGUAAAUAAACAAUGUGCCUCUGCCUCGGGCCAUUCAAAUCAGGCAAGACUCUUUUAAUGAAGAAUCUUCAGGGAGAUGAGAUCGACGACGCAACUCAUACCGUACCCACCAAUGGAGUAAAUUUAUUCACCGUGAAAAAUGAUACUGGCGAAUUUGAUAUGAUAAUUCAGGAAAUCGGAGGCAACAUGGCACCGCUAUGGAAGUAUUAUUUCGACAAGAUUCAUAAAAUAAUUUAUGUAGUGGACACCAGUAAUCUUUGUCAAAUAAGUGCUGCGGGCGUGUUAUUUUAUUCCUUCCUCGUGGAGCCGCGAUUGCGGAACGUGAAAGUCGCUCUUAUCUUGAACAAGAUGGACGUAUCGUAUCGUCAGAUGAGAAACGAGGCACUGCUGAUGUUGCAAUACGCGCGUCUGCAACGGGAAGUGACGCAGAAGAUCACGGUGCUCGAGACCAGCGGAAUGACGGGUCAAGGAGUGGAGGAGUUACGCAGCUGGCUGUUCGAUCCGGAAACGCUGAAAGCUACUGUCAACGCCAAUAAAUGAACAAGUGAUCGUUGUGGUUGUAUGAUGACAGGGAGAGGUCCGUUAGCUAAAAUCCUUUUUAUUUACACUCAAUCUUACAAAGAUACAAAGGUACUAGAAAUCCGAGCACUCUUUGAAAAUAAUUUACCAGCCAAUGUCGCUCUACGCUGUAAUUAUCUCUACGUCAUAUGCAAGAUUCUAAAAAUUACUGCUCGCCGAUGUAACAUAUGACAAAUGAAAGUGAACGAAUUUUCUCACACGAACCAGAUCCUCAAAAUUAUUCACUCUCAGGGAUGCAUACAAAAAAGAUCUACAGACAAAAAGAUAAUUUACGCCAUUUACGUUUC